AUGAGCCCACGAUGCUGCUGUACCAUUGGAACACACACGACGAUCCACGACGAUCACUUUUCGGCGACGAUUGAAAUCUGGUUAGGUUUUUAUGUUUUCCAGAUGUACAGCGCAAAAUACUCUAAAGCACAAAGUUGUGCCUAUUUCUGCUCAAAGAAUGUCUUGGUGGCCCUCAACACUCUAUACAUCGUAAGUACGCGGCGAAGAAUUUCAUAUUUGUGUAGCAGCGAAUCAUCACGAGCUUAAAAUAUUGUUUGGACUAGGAAAAUGAUUUUAAGGCUUACGUGGCAUUUUGCGUUUAUUUUGUCUGUAUUUUCUGCUUCUUAUCAGAUUGAUGAAAUGUAAAUCGUUGACUACUUAAAGUGAUAUUGAGACCUAGAAACUGGCAACUUUAAUGGCGGUUUGCCGAAGGAAAUGUUUAUAAACCAGGUUAUAAACCGCUGUUACCGUGUUGUUCAUUUGCAUGCCAACUGCUGGAUUACAAUUGUUCAGGACUGAAAUUAAAGUGACAGUGGGUUUUGUACUGUCACCACUAGCUUGAAGAACAUUCUAAUCACGCUAAAACUUCUAGAUCGCCGCCACUUUAUGUAUUUCUGAUUUGUCUUUGUUAAAAUCAACUACUGUUUUUUUAAUCUUUUAUGUUUUAGUAGUCUUAUUGAGCACCUUGCCGUUCCACGUUUCUUGCAUAAAUAAGUUUGAGUUAUUUUGAGUGGCACGUUUAACUAAUACGCCACCAAUCCCAUCUAACAAUCACUGAGUUUGGGUUAUCAAGUUUUAUUUACAAGAAAUGAUCCAUACAUUGUUCAAACUGCUGAAAGAUUGUAAUAAGCUGGUUUGAAUUCUACAAGGCAAAAAAUCAUUCAUCCAAAAUAUUUUGAAUGCAAUUUUGAAGUUCACAUUACUGUUUCAACUUUUCAAAUUUUUUAGGUUCCAAUCUAUCUAUCUACUGGGUAAUCCCAAUUACAUAUCAACAAUGAAAUGCUUCUUUGAUAAGUUUGCAAUAAAGCUUAUUUUAAUGCGGCCUGGCCCUGUAUGUCCUGAUGUAUUGCUCAAUACUUACAGUCAAGGCAGGUCAAGCGUACCCCCAAGAUUUUAUUAAUGAAAUGAUUAUUUUAAUAAAUAAAUGCAUUAGUCAUUCUCAUGACAAAUGUCAAAUUGAAAUCUGCAUUCCUGUAUGCGAAGUGAGAAAUGAAUAUUUUUCGAGAACUUCUCUGUAUUUGGUCAGACUGAAAAUCUUUGAAUGAAUAGAAUUACUUUGAAGACAUUCACAUAAAAUUCAAGGAAACUGAGCCGGUAGAAAUUUCAUAACUGCCUGGCGUGUGAAUCCACUGCUCAUUAUGCAUGCAAGAAUGCAGUGAUGAUUCUGAAAUCUGCAACUACAAACAGAUUCAACUUUUGAACAAUGAAUUCAUUAAUGGAAUCUUGGGGGGUAUGCUUGACCUGACCUGACUGUAAAUAGGUCUGCACUGCAUGCAAGGACGAACCAGGAGUUUUUUUGUAGGAUCUAAACUUCUACUUUACUUCCUUCAUGUUUUUAGAAUAAACUUCAUUAUAAGAGAAAUUGAAUAUGCAUUAAUUAAGUCCUGGGGGAUUACUUCUAUAUAUUAAGGAUGAGACAAACAAAAAAUUGAAUUGACACUCUAUGUAAAGGUUCUUAUCAGAAACAGACUCGCUAUUCAAGGGAAAAACAAAGGAUAAGAAUAAAUGGUAAAACGUACUAAACCUUCAUUAAACUGUGUUCAUACUAUGAACUGAUGAUAGUUUGUUUCUUAUCUAGCUGGGUACCCUAUAAUCUAAGGAUCAGACUGGGAACACAAUGCCAAGAAGGGCAAAAAUGAUACCCUAUUGAAGGAUUGAGACCCUCAAAAGCCAUACCCUAAUGGGCAGCAUCAGGGGCGGAUCCAGGAUUUUUUUUAGGAGGGGGUGCACUCGUCUCAGAUUGCUCUACUUCAACACCAAUAAACCACAUAGUUUUUCUCUUUUUUUGCAAAAUAUCAGUUGUAUUAGAAAACCGCAGGUCAUCUCAAAGGGGGGGUGCACACCCCCUGCACCCUCCCCUAGAUCCGCCCCUAAGCAUGUACCUACAUGUAUCUUGCUCUUACAUUGGAAUACCCCCCUGAGAUUAAGUAACAUAACUUAAUGCUUAAGAAGUGGUGCUUCUCAAGCUACAUUAAUUACACCAGGAAAGUUGAGAACGAUGACUUUUCAGGAAUAAUUGUAAAUCUGCAAACUCUCCAGGGAUGCCACAUGUUAUGUCUCAUGAUAUAUUCAAUUAAUUCUGUCUCAUUCCAAUCAUUUAUUUAGGAAUGCUAAGCAAACACAGCCAUACAAACUACCCUGAUAGAAAACAGCUGAUUUUACGACACUAUAUACCCAAUACUACUGGUUUCCCCACUAAAUGACAUUUGAGAAACCCUGGGAAACAAUUGGUGGCAUCAUAUUGAAUAUUGUUCCAUACCUUUUAUUCUUCUGCAGUGUUUGAUGUGUUGCUCAUUAAUUUUUUUGUUUGUUUUCUUUUUUAGUUUAUAGCCUUGAUAUUGAUAGGAAUAGCUGUUUAUGCAAAAACAUCAGCUAAAAUAACAAGUUUGCCGAUCCUUGGUGGUGUGGUUGCAUGUGGUGUCUUUCUCCUCCUUGUUGCAAUAUUGGGUGUCGUUGGUGCAGUACGGCACAACCAAGUUAUCUUGUUCUUUGUAUCCUUUGCCAAUUAUUCGUGACAAUUAAUUUGUUAUUUUAUUUGCAGUUAAUUAAGUUUAUUGCUUGAUUGCUAAAUGUAACUUUGUUAUUCCGUUUACGAACCUUAACUUUCUUAUUUAGUAUAUGGUUAUUAUGUUUCUUCUCUUUAUUAUCCAAAUGUCUGUUUCAAUUGCUGCGGUAGCUAUCUCUCAUGACCAACAAGCCGGUCUUAUGGAGGCAGGAUGGAGGAGAUCAUCUGACAAAAUAAAAAAAAUCAAAUCCAGUCCUUAAAAGAUUGUUGUGGAUUCAAAAAUAAGACAUUAGUAACUGACUCAAAAACUACGGACCCUGAUGUUAAAGCCCUUGGGCAUCCUAGUUGCAAGGAAGUAAGUAGAAGGAAUUUGUUGUGUAUUUCGCUAUAACCAGCUCCAAUUCCAUUAUUUGUUUUUUAAAAAACCAGAAAAAUUAUCUCCUUGAUAGUCAUUCUGUCCCUAAGUUUAUGUUUUCUGUACGCUCUGCACCCAAGCAGGUAAUUACUGAGUAAUCUAGAUAGCUAAGAACGCCUAUCACAGUGUGAAACCUUGAUAUAACAAAGGGCCAAGGGGCUGGCAAAAUUUGUUUGCUACAAUGAGGUUUCGUUAUAUCAAGGUUCUUUUUUAUGUAUUUUAUCAUUCCUGGGGUAAAGAAAGUCGCUUGUUAUAGUAAGGACUUGCUUAUAUAGAGGUUCGUUAUACUGAGGUUCUACUGUAAUAUAAUCUCUCACCUUUGUUAGAUUUCCUAGUCACGUUAACUUACAAUAAUUUUAUUAACUUUUGUUCAACGCGUUUAAUAUUAUGUUACAGUGUAUGUGAGUGACUAAACAAAGAAAUGAAUAAAUAAUUAUUUUUGUCACUUCUUAAGGUCGUUUGCGCUAAUUGUUUCUGCGCAUCCCUACUGCGCACAAAAUUCAUAGCGCAAUAUCACGUCACGUCAUGCAUCGAGCGCGCGCUGAGAAAACUGUCUAAGCACAUAUAGGGCUGGUAACCGUUGCGUUAACUUCGCUUGCAAUUUCCUUUCUUAGAUGGUCGGUGACACCCCAUUGUUUUCGGUAGACCACUUUCUCUUCCACUUCCCAUAGAUUGUGAAAAAAUGAACAAAAAAUCAAUUUGGGAAGGUAAAAAAUUUUCAAUUUUUCUGUGUAUGCGGCAACGAAUUUUGGCAUUCGUGCAGCUGUUAGAAGAGUAUAAAUGUGUCCGCUAAAUGAUAAAAUCAACUCUGAGGAAGUUUUUUAGUUCACCGAAUUUUGUUUAUGGAUCCACAAGAGCAAUAAUUGGCGGAUAAAAUUUCAAUUCAGGGAUUUAUUUAUAGACUUUUUGCACAAACAGGCACUUUAUCCGUAUGUAGUAACGAAGCCCGAUUUCUCAGAUUUUGGGUGAUCUUUUGAACAUCAUAUCUCGAAACAAACUCGGUGACCCCCAAUUUUUUACAUUUUUGACAUGAGUAUAAACCCAUAAUCUCAAACUGGUGAAAGUUUCAGAAAAAACUCAAUGUUAGAAGAUUUUCGCGCGAACGUCCUUAAGCGGUCAAAGGCCACGUUUUUUCUGGGUAGGAGCAUAUGAGCACCAAAGGUCCAAAUAUCUGAGACAAUUGUGACUCGAUAUAGUUACUAGGGGGUCGUGGGUGGGGCAUUCCACUCUAAACAUUUUCGUGAAAUUGGAUGGUCAUGCAGAGGGUGCAAUUCACGAGUUUCAAAUGCAAUCACAUAAUCAUCAGGCAAUAGAUGUUGCUUGUAAAACUUGAAAAUCCAAUAACACUUUCCACUGCAUGCAUUAUCGAUGGUGUAGAGUAAUUCCAUUAAUACUAUUACCUGGUCAAUAGAGCAACGAGUCAUUUGAUUUAGCUUUGAUUUAAGUAAUAUACCAUAUUCCCUCAUAUAAUAGCCAUCCCUCAAUUAAUCGCCUCCCUCGAAUAAUCGCCCCCUUUAAACGGAAAUAUUUAAAAUAAUUGCCUCCGUCAAAUAGUCUCCUCUCUGCCACCCCUUUUGCCAUCUUCCCUUUCUUUCAUACCCUCCCUGUCAAGUUGAAGUGCAAUUUUUUUAUUUGAUGGGAUAAAAAUUUAUAUACAGCUGUUGCAAGAAAGGAAAAAGUGCACGCGACAAUUUCGAAAGGUAUUGUGGGUGGUUUUUAGGUCACUGUUUUUCAAAGAAAUUUCAAAUAAUGGCACGAGAGGCCAUGGACAUACGUUUGCGAGGGCUAAAGGAAAGCAAACAAAAGUAGGUUCGACAGCUACUGUGUCAAGAACAAGUGUAUUGAUCAUAUCACAUAUUACCUUUCAGGAUUGUCGCGUGCACAAUUUUUGCGACAACCUUUCUUGAAAUAGCUGUAUAUUUAGGGCACAACUUCCAGUAAGCAAUAUUAAUUUAAAAUAGUCACCUCCCUCAAAUAAUCACCUUCCCUCAAAUAAACACCCCCUUUUUGUGCGAAAAAAAUAAUAACCACCCCUGGCUAUGAUAUCUAAAAAACUAAAGGUAUACUCAAAGUGUCGUAAUUUGUGGGUUAGCUGCUCUGAGGGCCACUCAAGGGAAGAGUGCUUCUGAUUGGUUGAAUCAAAUUUCCCACACGCCACGACCAUUCAGAAGCACUACCCAGAUUUGGGUAGUGUGACGCAUCAUCAGUAUGGAAUUUCUGCUCUUGUUUCCCAGACGUAAUUUCACGGGGAAACCAAUGGUGGCGUCACAAAAUGUCAUCUGUCUUCUCAGGCUAAACUUCAUGAAAUAAGAUUAUUGUGAAAAAAUUGUUGGUAACAAAAAUGUAAACCACUCAUCGCCCACCUUUACACUCCUUCUGCAUGCAUGGUCCAAAAAGACACCCUGUUCAAGGCACUUAAUGGUGGAUUUGUGCACCCUGUGUAAGACUCAAGACUCUGGAAACAAUACUGCGUAGAUCGGCACAGACCCGUAUAGGCCAAAUAAGGGAGUGCCCCUCCCAAUCUCCCAGGGUUAGCUACCAUAAUUUUAAUACUUUUCUGAUAAAAAGAAAAGACUGAGAAGUAAAAAUAAAUUUCAAAUAGGCCCCCCAAGCUGGGCACCUUAUUGGUAAAAAUAAUCUUCAUAUGAACAAAUAGUAAUGUGUGACUGUUGUACAAAUUCCUUUCAGUUAAAGUGCUGUAGAAAUUUUGGUGACCCAUGUGACAGCUGCGAGACUUGUUAUAAUGCUCUGGAGGGUUUAGUGAAUCAUCUUCUAAAAGUGGCCGGUGGUGUUGGAUUGUUCUUCAGUUUUACUUUG